AGGGGGCACAGAAAUCUGCAGUAUCAACUGCCAUAACGGAUAUAUUUAUUUAUAUAUAUGAAUGAUGAAUAAAUAAACACAGAAAAAAAAGCAUAAGACAUUCACUCGUUUGAUAAACAUUUUAAACAUUUGAGAAAAAAUUGAUACAUGGAAAAUGUCAUACUUGCGAUGGAAGAGUAAAUAAAAAUAUUCAGUCCAACGCUAAAAAUCAUGUUUCAGCAUUACGUUAUGGAUAUUUCUACUGAACUUCUAAUGUAAUUGAGGAAAAUGGAGAAGAUUAGGCCUGGGAAAUUUUACGAAGUAGCCUUCAAAAUUUGUCCAGUCCUGGCCUUAAUCUUCAGCCUCCUGGUGACAAUAACAACGCUGUACCUCAACGAGGGUCUCUCCCUCAUCUUCAUCUUCAUCUCGAUCCAAGUCUACCUCAACUGGUACUCAAUCUGCAAAAUAAGCAGUAAUGCAAGAACAAUGCGAGAUAAUUAUACGAAAAAUGAUAAUAUUGCCAGUGUAGCUAUUAGAAUAACCCAAGAAGAGGACUCUGGAACCAAAUUGAAAUACUGGUAUUGCGAGUAUUGCACUUGUUAUACUUAUAGACCGACUCAGCAUUGUAGAGCUUGCAAAAAGUGUUUCCACUACCGAGAUCAUCACUGUUUUUUCAUCGGUGGUUGUAUUUUACAGCUGAACAUGGGAAAUUUCAUUCUAAUUUGUUUUUAUACAUCCUUAGCUUGCUGUUAUUCAUCCACUAUUAUCGGUCCCCACAUUUAUGACAGCCUGAGUGAAAUUAUUGGUGAAAAAUCCAGUUAUAUUAAUAUUUUUUUGAAUUUUUGCUUUCCUGUCGCUUUUGCCAGAUUUUUAAUUACUGGACAGGGAACUUGUUUGUUUUUAAUUAUUCUGUUUAAUUCCUUAAUUUCGGUGUCUAUCGUGUGCUUUUUGUAUGGGAGUUGGAAAUUGUUUUGUUGUUUGAGUGGAAAACAGAGAUAUUACCCUCACGUAGCGAGAAGAGUAGAAUUGAAGGAAAUUUUUGGGAGUUAUGGGAUAUGGAACUUCAUUUUUCCGUAUAAUGGACUUCUAGGACUUGGGGAUUUGAACGGAAAAUAUUCCGGGGAUGGAGUAAAAUAAAAUGGUCAAGGAUUUUCCGUCAAGAUAGUCCUAUCCACGAUAGACUGUAGAUAUAUAACAUAUUCUACUGAUUUUUAUUCCAUUCUUAUGAUUUACAACUCGAUUCAACGAAUUGCUUCAAUCACACGCAUUUAUUCAUCGUCUUGUAUAUCAUAUGUAAUACAAAAUUUGAAAAGA